AUGGCGACUUUGGGGUCAACCGUCGGGGGGACGACCCCCGGGCCAUUGGCGGGGACCUCGCCGGAGUCGGAGAAAGAUCCUGAAUUUCAGGAGCAUGACAAGAUUCUGUCUCCAGAUUUUCUCUCAGUUGCCCAAAUCUCCGAAAUGCUAGCAGAGGACAUAGAUGGAGUUCAACAAAAAUUUGCCACAUUUCUGAAUUUCAAAAAUCUUAAAUCCUGUUUAAAAGAAGCCAUUCUACUAGAUUAUUAUGUAUCUGGAUUUUUGUGGGCUAGAGACAUGGACUUUUCUGUUAUGCAGUACUCAAAAUUUAUGACUUUACUACAUACCUCGCUUCAUAAUCUUAAAGCAUUGCAUAUGUCCUUAAAAGAUAGCUUACAAUGGCUUGGAGAAGUUAUGGCUGAAAUUGGACCAGCCCAUGUACAGAAACACGGAAAAUGGAGUAUCUUUGAUAUAAAACAAGCUAAUGCUAUCACUGAUUAUUUAAAAAUCAGCUUAUUUCAACACUACAAGCUAUAUGAAUUUCUGUUCUACUCUACCAGAGAAGAAAUUGUGAUAGGAACUGAGCAAAUGGUAGAGGUUGUCAAGUCUUCAGGUGGCCUUUUCCCCAACCCUCUAGAAGAAGGAAUCUCAUUUGAUAUUUACUCAACAUUCAUAGAGCCACCCCCAAUAUUGGAUACAGAAAUGAAGAGAUUGGAUCAAGAGCAAGGCCCGACGGAGUCCCAGCCAGCAGCCAGCACUUCAGAGUCAGAUGUUUUAGCUGGUUUCACCAUUGAAGAUAUAAAAUCAGUGCUUGCCCAAGUCACAGAUGACAUCCUAAUCGGCAUUCAGGCCGAGAUAAACGAGAAGCUGCAGACACAGGAAGAGGCAUUUAAUGCACGAAUAGAAAAAUUGAAAAAGGCCUGA